UUUUGAUUUUGACAAGAAGUUUGUUUUGUGACAUGUGCGCUAUGCGAUUGUGCGAAAUCAGCUGAGUGAGCUGAAUUGUGAAUUAGUACAUGCGUAAAUUGUUGAAUGCUGAAAUUAGUGAAAGGAAAAUUACAAGAAAUAAAGAAAUGACUUCGACAUACGGAGAUUGCUCAAAACCAAAAAAAUCAAAGACUUCUGAAGAAGUUACUUUCACAUCAUUUUGGGCUCAUUUACCAUCUCUCUUAUUACAAGACAUUUUUGAUCUACUUUGCAAAGAAGAUAGAGGAAGUGCAUCAGCUGUUUGCAAACACUGGAGACAAAACAGUUUUCACCCUAAGUGGUUUCCAUCAAUAACAUUUAGACUUGAGCAAUGUAAUUUAGAAAGAGCACGAUUUCAAAUAUUCACGUUUGGAAGAAUUUCAUCAGAAGUGAAAAUAAUUAUAAACUCUUUGUCAUCCGAAUGUGUAGAAGAUUUUGUUAAUUUGUUAAGAGAGAUGCAAAAGAAUAACAAUUUAAAAAGUAUUAUAUUGGAACCAACUCACUGUCGUCUUGAGUUACCAGUACAACAAAAUAGCAAUAGAUCUAAUGGUGACUAUGAAGAAAUAUUGGCAUUGCUAAAAUCUUGUUCACCAAAACUUCAUAAAUUCAGCAUCGGUUGUCUCGAAGACCUUUCCCUUCAACUCGAAGAUAUAUUAGAAAACUUAAAUCCUGCCCUAAUAACUCAUCUAGGAUUAGCUUCAGUAAAAGACAUUCCAAUAAAACAAGGAGGAAGUUAUUUCGACACUAAUUUAUUAAUUCCUUUCACAAAAUUAAGGAUUUUAAGUAUAGAUUAUGAUCAGUUGUCCGACGAUUUUUUGUCAAAAUUGGAUGGUGCUACCAGAUUGGAAAGAUUAGUUGUACACCUCCACGAAAUCCGUCAAAAUCAUCCUGGAACUACGAACAAUGCUUGGAUCAAUUUUAAUAAAAAACAUCAAGGCUGUGAAUUCCGUUUAACAGUGAUACAUGCUUUUAAAGAUAUAAGCAACCUCCAUGAGACAGUAUUGAGGCAUAAUAUGCCACUAACGCAUCUUAAAGUGUUUUUCUGUGAACAGGUAAAUCUGCAAGUUGUUGAAAAUCUCUCUGACUAUGCUGAUACAUUACGCAGCAUAAUUUGGGUAGAUUCAUUAAGCAAUAGUCAGAACAGUUGGGUAUUGGUUAAACCAUGGUUUGAUGAGAGUCCAGAUCCGUUUGUGUUAACUGCAUGGCUGUGUAGAAAUCUGGAAGAAUUUGUUUUGUAUGGCUACAAAUAUUGGGAGGAAAAUUUGAUUGCUAUAGGAAGAUUGCGUGGUGAAUCUUUGAAAAGAAUGGAAAUUGCAGAAACAGAUGUUCUUUGCCCAAGUAGACGACCCAGAGAAAUAACCACAUCUGAUAAUAUAUUAGAGUGUCCGAGUAAACCAUGGAAACCUGUAAAACGAUCGGAACUUCAUCCAGUUGUAUGCAAUCCUACAGAUGGCGAUUCAGAUGAAUAUUUGUUGCCACUAGUAUUAGCAGACCUCCACUAGUUAAGUACAACGUUUUUAUAAAUAAAACUUCAAACAUCUAUUUAGCCAAGCACCUAAUUACAUUUUUUUAUUUGUUUUUGCUCUC